AUGUCGUGGGAUUUAUCUACGGGAAUACGUACAUACAUCCUUGCCCCCGGCUUGCCGCUACGGCGGCGUUUAAGCGCCCGUCUUUCUCAAUCUGGCGGCCACUCGCUGUUCGCUUGUCGUCUGAAUAAGUGGGGCAUGUCGACGACCACCCCCCGGUCGCCGGCCGUCAACGGCGUGAAGCACAAAAAAAGGGAAAGGCAGGAGACAGAAGGGAAAGAGGGGAAUGGGGGUGUGGCACACAUCCGCCGGGAUGAGACCUUGCCAUCCUCUUUCUCUUUCUCUCUCUACUGUAUCCGAACGGAUACGUCUCUCACCUCACCUCACCUCACCUUCAAUGCUUUUCCUUUUCACACCUUUUUUUGGGCAGUCAUCUACAACUCCACAACACCCGAUUGCGCACCCUCGUUCAACCCUCGUUCAGUCCACCGCCCGCAACAUGGGCUCUUGUCUCUUGGUACAUACACUCCGGGCAAGGACGAGCAGCUUCCCCGGCACACACACCUCUCUACUCCCCGUCCAUUUCUCUUCUCUUUUCCUGAUGACCUCGCACCACACAAGCUUGAAGCCGCAUGCCACAGCAAUAAAAAAAGCAAAGAAAAAAGCUGCACUGCACACUGCACGCUUUCCUCAACCCGCCCGCCCGUCCGCUCGUGGUUCGCUAAGUUCCCAUGCUUGCUUGGCACCCUCUUCUCGCCUUUCGCGGCCUUUGCAGAGAACCCCCAAAAUGCGCCGCCCACCGCCUGCUGUUCGCGGACUUGUGUCACUAUCACCGCCCACGGCCCACCACCCAUCACUUAUCGGACCUUAGCUGUCAUCACAUUCCAAUCUUAUCAAGUCUCUUUUUUUCCCCAGGAUCAAGCCCAGCACCACACAGGCGUAUUCUUAGCUAUGUCUUUGACACUUCGCACCUUUAGUCUGGUCAAGGCAUGUGGAUCAAGACGAGACGAGACAAGCCAUGUGAGCGCCCUGCCCAAUCCCGUAAUGGCCGUCCUCUCAACGGCCACCCGAAUCCUUCUGGCUGGGAAACUUUCCCAAGGAAUGCAAUGGCCCGUAGAAGUCCUGCAUCGUGCGGCUUUUCUUGCCCAGCAGUUCGUUUUCCCGUAUGGCGGGGACGAGCAAAUCAGUGCUACACCCCACAUCUACACCCCCUCUCCCCAUUUCUGCCUCCUUCAUGUUGCACCCUCGGCUACCUACAGCCCACCGCGCACCUCCGAUCCCGACGAGUCUCGACUCUCAAAUGUCCACGCCACUCAGUAUGCCCAUCGGGCCUCCAUCGGAGAAAUCCCCAUCAAACCGAGACUACCAUUCCGUCCGGGGGUUUUCGACGAGGCCAAUGGCCUUGCGAGAAGCCUCUUUUACGAAAGGUCCCAAUAUGAGGCGAGAUUUCGUCUUGGAAUUGGUCCUCUUGGGUGA